AUGGAAACCCAAAUAAGAGUUUCUGUAAACAAUUUUUCAUCAAUUUGCAGACUUUGUCUGCGACCUAACGAUUUGUUACCACUAUGUAGUGUAGACGCCAUUCAUAUUUUUAAGGAAAUUACAAAAAUUGAGGUAAAUGAAGACGAUCUACUACCAAAAAAUAUUUGCAAGACUUGUGUCAGUCGUCUGGAAGAAAUUAAACAAUUUAUAGACGUAUGUAUAGCUAAUAAUACAUUGUUUGUCACGGCUUUAAAACAUCCCUGUAUUAAAAAUGAAGUAUCUAUUGAAAUACCUUGCCAAAUAGACACAAUAAUAACAGAGGAUGAUGUGGAACAUAUUACACUACAAGAACAAACUGAGUCAAAGAAACGUGAAGAAGAUGAAGAGUUUUUUCAGUGUGGUAUUUGUAAUAAUACUUUUAAAGAGAAACAAUUACUUAUUUCCCAUUUAAAAGAGCAUGGAACUAGUAAAAAAAUGAACAAAAAGAUACAUAGGACAAAAAAUGAUUUAACAACAAAUAGUAAAAUUGAGAAGACAUGUGAUAAAGUAAAUUCUACAAAAUUAAAUUUGGCGGGCCAUAAGAUAGUGUUUAGAAGGAGAAAAAAAACAGCAGCACCAUUUAAAUGUACAAAAUGUGACCGUUCUCUAACUUCACAAAAUGCAUUAAAUGAACAUAUGAAAACCCAUACUGGAGUUAAACCAUAUAAGUGUCCUCACUGCCUAAAAGAUUUUUCAUAUAUAAGUAGCUAUACAGUUCAUCUAAGGUUGCAUACAGGAGAAACACCAUACACUUGUUCAAUUUGCAAUAAAGGCUACCGCAGUUCUACCAGCCUAAAUAAACACAAAAGAGUUAAACAUUUUAUUGAACAAGACAGUGAUAGUCUAAGUAAUUCAAGCAAAACCCAGUGUCCAUUCUGUAGUAAAUUUUUUGGUAAAUUUGGAUUUGGUGCACAUUUAAGAACCCAUAUUAAUGAGAAGAAGAUAAUUAAAUGUGCUUUGUGCUACAAGGUUUUCCAGAAAAACUCACACUUGGAAAGACAUAUCAGAAUACAUACAGGUGAGCGUCCCUUUGCUUGCAGUUCCUGUAGCAAAACUUUUACCCAAGAAAGUGAUCUUAAAAGACACAGCCUUAUUCACGGUGAUAAAAAAGAUUUCCAGUGUCAACAUUGCGGUAAGAUGUUCUUUACUACAAGUUCUCUGGCUUCUCAUAUGUUCAAACAUGAAGCAUUGACAAAGAAUGUCAAAUGUAAUACAUGUGAGUCCUCUGUUUGUUCAUGUAUUCCUCCAAAACGAUUAAAGAAAGAGAAUAUACCAAAGAAAUCAUUUUUGUGUACUAUUUGUGGGAAGGUAUUUACAGCUAAUAGCAGUCUCCAGAUUCAUCAUAGAAUCCACACAGGAGAAAAUCCUUUUGUGUGUAAACAAUGUAAUAAAAGCUAUAAAGCCAGCACGGCAUUAAAAGCUCACGUAAGAAGGGCUCAUACUGGAGAAAAACGUUAUAAAUGUCCAAAAUGUCCAAACCGAUAUUAUGAUUCCACAAAUUUAAAGAGACACAUUAAUAGAGUACACUCGAAUGUGGAUAUUAAGAAUGCAGAUGUUGAAUUUGAAAAUAUUUAAUAAACUUAUUAAUAAGUAAAUUAUAAUUAUUAAAAUAUUCAUUAAUUUGUAAACAUUUUUUAUUUUUUGAACAUAUGUGUACAAUGUU